AUGGCCUACAAAAACUUCGGUGAUGUGGUUGCGUUUGACACUACAUAUCGAACUAAUAGGUAUGCUAUGCCGUUUGUGCCUUUCACCGGAGUCAAUCAUCACUACCAAUCAAUACUUUUUGGUUUUGCACUCGUCCGGGAUAAAUUGAAGACAACUUUUGAGUGGGUUCUGAGUACUUGGCUAGUGGAAAUGGAAGGCAAAGAACCGUUGGCUAUCAUAACCGAUCAAGAUCAAGCCAUGGCCGCGGCUAUUGAAUCACAACUUCCGAAUACAUCACAUUUGUUAUGCUCAUGGCACAUUAGCAACAAAUUCCCCGAGAAACUUGCAACAUAUUAUUCCAAGGAAGGGUUUAAAUUUGAUUUCAACAAUUGCAUUUAUCACUCUUUGACCGAAGUUGUGUUUGAAGAUCGGUGGAAGACUUUGAUUUUGAAGUACAAUUUGGAAGGCAAUACAUGGCUUCAAAGGUUAUAUGCUUUGAAGCAUAAGUUGGUCGAGGCUUACACAAGAAACACUUCUUCUGCGUGUCAAAAGACCACAUCAAGAAGUGAAGGAAUGAAUGCCUUUUUCGAUGCCUAUGUUGGUUCUUGCACCGGUUUGAAAGAUUUUGUAGAGGGUGCACAAAAAGCUUUGGAGAGGCAAUUCAUGCGUGAGAAAGACGAGGAUUACAAGACGUUUCAUAGAAGUUGCUGCAUGCAAAUGAAAACUGCUUUAGAGCACCACGCGGCUUCCAUUUAUACGAAAGAAAUGUUUCGUAGAUUUCAGGAACAAUUGGUUGAAUCAUCUAAGUACUUUGGGGAGAAAGAUAGAGAUCAGUCCUCGGAAGAUGUUGAAGACACAUUCUACAAAUGUUAUAGACCGUUGAUGCGUGCUUCUCAGGCUUCUCAGAGAACCACGUAUCUUGUAUCAUUCAACAAGGCGUCAUUAUGGGGUUCAUGCAUUUGUAGAAUAGAUGAUCAUGUUGGCAUACCAUGCCGUCACAUUAUUGCCGUCUUGACGAAGAGGUGUGUAGUGGAACUACCGGAACAUUUUGUGAAACGGCGCUGGGCAAAUGACGCCAAUAGAGUUGACGGCAAGUUGCCAUAUCACACGUCCGAAGUUGAAUCACCAUCUCAUGAAUUGACUCCUACGGAAAGAUUUAACCACAUGAUAUUACUUACCAUGAUGUUUAGUCAUAGUUGCAUGGCAUCGAAAGAGCGGUAUGAGUAUGCCGUUGGGGUUAUUAAUCGGGAAACAGAAAUACUUGAGAGCAUGCCUGUUGACGGGGUCGAAAAUGAAGGAGGUGAAAUGGCCGACGAUUCGGAUGAUGAGUCAGUGUCACACGUCAACAACUCAAUCUCGGACUUGGGUGAAAUGUGUGAUUCACCUACUUUUAGCUUCUUGGAGGAAGCAUGUCGUGAGCUCGACGAACUUGCAGAAAUGUACGAAGCACCACCCUACUCGGAAGAAAUGUGUGAUUCACCUACUUUGAGCUUCUUGGAGGAAGCAUGUCGUGAGCUCGACGAAUUGGUACAGAUGUACGAACCACCUCCCCAAUCGGAGGAAGAAGACACCGAGUUGUACCCACUUGAGGAAGCGGCCUACCGGUCAAGAAAUUGGACCGAAGCUUCUCAGUGGUGUGCAAGCGAUAACAUGUUCGAAAGGGUGACGUAUAACUUGACCUCAUAUUUCCUCCCUUUUUUGAACUUGGGUAAGGACUAUCAUGAUGGGCCAAACAAAGUCUCGCUGUGGAAUGGUGGCGAAAUUGUGGAGUGUGAUAGGAUAGCCGACAUUAUGAAGUUGAGGCCUCGCCCGGGCUGCACUCAUGACCAAAUGAGAAUUGAAUAUGUCAAGGGGUGA